UGCUAGGGAAGCACUAUUCAAUGAGUCCCUAGCUCUCUGGCCAUUCUGAAUGUGCUAUCUGGGGUGACCUCAGUCUCUGUGCCUCUUUCCCAAUUGUUCCAGAAUCCUGGGAAGGUUGGAUGGGAUGGACACCCCCACACAGCCCUCGCCAUCAUCAGGAUGGGAGGCUUUAUCCCAGAGCAAGAGAAAUCUCCCCAGCAGUUCAUGUAUUUUUCACCCAACUUAUGCCUCUGUCUAAUCUGGUGAGAAGCUAUUCCACCUUUCUCAGGCCAGUGUGAGGACCCUCUGAAGGUUCUCGGGCACCCAACCACAGGGCAUUAUUGCUCUCUGAUCUAAAAUACUUGGAGGUGACCCCUCAGGUACUUGGAGCUCAAGUGGGGUGGGCAGCGCUGUCAGUUCCCAGAGCAUGUGGGGCGGGGCCUCGGUGCUGGAGCGGGAUUGGCUGGGUGCGUUCGUUGGGUUCCGCCCCUGGGUGCAAAUCUCAUUUCCGCUCUGUUGAUCGGCGGGAGGGUGAGGUUGGUGCGCAGUGACGUCAGUCGUGGCUCCUCCCGAGGCCAGCGUUGGGAUCCAGCUCCCUGAGGGUUUCUCAUCCUAUAGAUCAUGGGCACCCAACUGAGCGGCGGCCAGGGUGACCCGGAGCCGGCGCAGCCCCAGCCCGAGGUGCCAGAAGGCCCGGAACGGCCGCAACCCCAGCCCCAGCCCCAGCCCCAGCCCGAGCCCGGCCCAUGGGGCCCGUUGGAAGACGUGCGCUUCCUCAUAGCCUGCACCUCAUGGUACUGACAGCAAUCUGCGUCCUAGCCCUGCUCUAUCUGGCCCUCCCUGCCGCCCUGCCCCGUGUCUCUUACACUCCUGCCCAGGCAGACGGGCAGGGAGGUUCCGGGACUGGAGGAAGUCUGCAGCAUCGCCUCGAGGGCACCCGUUCGCCCUAACCCCCGAACAACUCCUCCAGCCUGCACCCAAUCCCAGCUCAGACCUUCGUGCUCAUCCCUGUCUUCUCCAGCAUCCUGAGGCAGCCUUCCCUGAACCAGAACCAGAACUGGGCCAGGCCUCCUAGUAAGACCCUGAGAAUGCUGACCUUCCAGCAUGUCUGUCCCGUAUUAUUAGAACUGAGCUUGUGCCUGUGGCCCGGGUCAUGGCACCAUUUGCUUCACUUCAGAGAAGUCCUUGCCAUAGUGACCCUCCCCAUACUCCCCAGCCUCUGAGACAGAGGACAACUGAUCGUGAUCUGGCAGAUGAUGUAUGUGGUAGCUACACUGCAUUUCGAAGAACUCUCUUCUCUCGGAAGCUUCUUAAGGUCAUUCAAACCCUCAUGUUUGUUCCCACACCCCAGAGAAAUGACACACUCUGUAUUUCUGUUUUAUUUAUAAAUGAUUUAAAAAACAUUAUACAAAGGCUGAUCAGUUUAAAAUGUGACCGACACUGAAAUGCUGUGAUAUUCCCCCAGGCUGAGGAGAAGCUGGGUUCUGGGGCCACCAGCACUUUGCCCCUCUGUCUGACUGCCCUGUCCUGGGGUGAUGGACACACAGAUGACCACAGGCAGGAGAAUCUGAGAUUGGAAGCCUCUAGGCUGAGCCCUCUCUGGGCCUGGCCUCACUUCUGCAGCCUGGGCUGCAUCCCCUGCUCUUUUACAGCUGGCCUCAUAGUACCAGGAGCCAGCAAGGAGCCUGGGGGGUGGGGAGCAUGGCUAGAGCUUUCAAGAAGUGAGAGCACCAACCUGA